ACGUUGCGCGCUGCAGACUGGCGACCCCGCGAGAGUAUUCUAGGCCGCUCGUGUGAUCAAACAGAGCCACUCCGUUCCUGGGAACAACAUCGAGAUUAGAGCUGGGCUCCCAACUUUAUUCCAAUGGUGGACGGGGUGCUUUGAAUCUGUAUUGAGGUGCCGAUAGCCUCAUUCGCGCCAAUCCUGACUGAACUCUUGGCCUCGUGCCCACACAUUGUUCCCUGGCUCCACCUGAACACCCUAGAACAGGAAGAAGUGGACACUCGCAGCAGGAAGAUCUUGUUCAAGGCUAUAAGAGUUUGGAGCAACAUCCGCUGCUUUAUAAUAGCAGGCUUGGUGAUCAAGCGUUAGAGCUGCUCUGAGGGCCAGUGGAAACCCAGGUGUGGCCAGGGCUCAGCAAGCGCAGGGCCAAUCAAGGCGUUUCACAACCAUGGAUGUUGAUGAGGAGGAGAACAUGAGUUCAUGCAGCACCGACGUAAAGGAAAACCGCAACCUGGACAACGUCUCUUCUAAGGAGGGAGCUGGCCUGGUGGAGCAGCUCCCCAAUGGUAGUGGAGGAGGGGGUCGCAAGCGGCCCCUGGAGGAGGGCAACAAUGGCCACGCGCACUCCAAAUUCAGAGCCAAGAAACGUAAGAAAACGCCAGGGCCGGUUCUGCCCAAGAACGCUCUGAUGCAGCUGAACGAGAUCAAACCGGGUCUCCAGUACAAGCUGCUCUCGCAGACCGGCCCAGUCCACGCGCCAGUCUUCGUCAUGACUGUUGAAGUAAACGGUCAGUUGUUCGAGGGCUCGGGGCCUACAAAGAAAAAGGCCAAGCUGAACGCCGCCGAGAAGGCACUGCGCUCCUUUGUGCAGUUCCCAAAUGCAUCUGAGGCGCACCUGGCCAUGGGCCGUACUCUCACCGUCAACACGGAUUUCACCUCCGACCAGGCUGACUUCCCUGACAUGCUUUUCAACGGGUUUGAGACGCCGGCACCGUCUGAGGAAACGUUUUUUCUGGGCUCCAACGGCAACGGCUCCUUAAAACCGCUGGGAGAGUAUCCUGUGCCCCAGGUGCCAGGUACCAACAGCCUCGUGCAGGCGCCGCUGCCACCACCCUCCUCCUCGACCAGCGGCAAAAACCCUGUCAUGAUUCUCAACGAGCUGCGGCCGGGCCUCAAAUACGAGUUCGUGUCAGAGAGCGGGGAGAGCCACGCUAAGAACUUUGUGAUGUCGGUGACCGUGGACUUGCAGACCUUUGAGGGCUCAGGCCGAAAUAAGAAACUUGCUAAAGCCAGGGCUGCCCAAGCGGCUCUGUCGGCGCUCUUCAACAUGCAACUGGACCAGACCCCGUCCCGCCAACCCAUCCCAAGAGAAGGGCUACAGCUGCACCUGCCGCAGGUCCUUGCAGAUGCCGUUUCUCGUCUGGUAGUGGACAAAUUCAGCGAGCUCACUGACAACUUCACAUCUCCACAUGCACGACGGAAAGUUCUGGCUGGUGUGGUCAUGACAACAGGCACCGAUGUCAAGGACGCUCAGGUCAUCUGCGUCUCCACGGGAACCAAGUGUAUAAACGGGGAGUAUAUGAGCGACCGUGGCCUGGCGCUCAACGACUGUCACGCUGAAAUCAUCGCUCGCCGCUCUCUGAUCAGGUAUCUCUACAUGCAGCUGGAGCACUUCUUAAGUAACAAUAAAGAGGAGCACCAAAAGUCCAUAUUCACGCAGUGUGACAAGCGUGGCUUCCGGCUGAAAGACAACGUCCAGUUUCAUCUUUAUAUCAGCACAUCGCCCUGCGGAGAUGCCCGGAUCUUCUCUCCUCACGAGGCGGGUGUCGAGGACCAGGGAGACAGACACCCGAACAGGAAGGCAAGGGGCCAGCUGAGGACCAAGAUCGAGUCUGGAGAGGGAACCAUCCCGGUGCGCUCUAGCAACACCAUCCAGACGUGGGACGGAGUCCUGCAGGGCGAGCGGCUCCUUACGAUGUCCUGCAGUGACAAAAUCGCAAGGUGGAACGUGGUGGGCAUCCAGGGCUCUCUAAUGAGCUACUUCACUGAGCCCAUCUACUUCUCCAGCAUCAUCCUGGGCAGCCUGUAUCACGCUGAUCAUCUCUCUCGAGCCAUGUACCAGCGGAUCGCUGACAUCGAAGACCUGCCCCAACAAUUCGCCCUCAACCGCCCCCUGCUCAGCGGAAUCAGUAAUGCUGAGGCCCGGCAGCCAGGAAAGGCUCCCAACUUCAGUGUGAACUGGACGGUGGGAGAUCAGGCUCUAGAAGUUAUUAACGCCACCACAGGCAAGGAUGACAUGGGCAGAGCCUCACGUCUCUGUAAGCACGCCCUAUACAGCCGCUGGGUGCGACUACACUCUAAGCUUUCGUCGACUCUCCGAAUCAAAGUGCCCAAGCCCAGCUCGUAUCACGAAGCCAAACAAGCAGCAGUGGAGUACCAUACGGCCAAACAAACCCUCAUCAAGGCCUUUCACAAAGCGGGUCUGGGCGCCUGGGUGAAAAAACCCAUAGAACAGGACCAGUUCUCACUGAACUCUUGAAGAGGGAACAUAAAAACACCAGGACAUGACAACGACCAGCUGUUAAUACUUCACUUGAUGUGUGGGGAUGUGUGUAUGUGUGUGUGAUGCUGUUUGUUCUCAGACAAACCAAGAGCCCUUUAGUGUCUGUCAUUUUGCUCUCUUUGUGUGAAUCAUGACUCUGCCUUUUUAAUUUGUAAUGUAGAAUCCGAUUUUCAUUUAAUGUAUGUUUGUUUUAAAGUUAGCGGCAUUAGCCUUUAGCAGAUAAUAGGACGUAAUGUCAUUUGUAACUGGAAAAAUGUUUUGUUUUUUUAGUUUUUUGUGAGAGGGUUAUUCUGAAAAAACCUAGAUGCCGUAAACAUGCAUGUUACGUGGCUUCAGGUCGACCACACCGCUGUGCGCACGGGUCUGAUGGUUUCCUGGUCCAGCCUUCCCAAAUGCUGGCUCACCUUUUUUAGCAUGGUUCUCCUUGAUAUGCAAAACAUAAGCAUCUUUAUAUUUUUAUUCCAUACCCUCCGGAUUUUAGAAGGGGAAGAAAUUCUAUCACAUAGAUCCUAACGAUACGGCAUGGUCCCUUUAGAUUGACAAACUUAUUUUGUCAGGACUUUUAUUGUAGAAAUAGCGUAUGCCGUCUUUUUAGUAAAAUAGAUUUCAGAUUUUAAUUUGACCUCGGAGGGAAACUUGAAUUUUUGCAUAUGGUUCGUACAUAAGCUGUAUUCCCAAACAGUGAUAGAAUUGGAGUAGUCUUAUGGAUGCAACCAAAGUGCAUUGAUGUUAUUAAACAAUGUGUCGUGGAUGUUAAAAUUUCUCAGAGGUCUUAAAUGCAUGUGCAAAUUAACAUAAGGCUCAAAGAAAGCCCUUUAUUCUGGGUUUAAUACUUUACUGGCCUAUAAUGGGACCAUUAGAAGCCCUACUUUUAGGUGUCUACACUGUACUGACUUUGAGCUCCAUGGAGUCCAUCGAAUCACUCAAACCAAACCGCAGAUUUCCCAGUGAACCUGAUCUGCUAAUGUAAAUGAGUUACACAUAUGUUAAAGGAAUAGUUCAUCCAAAUAUGAAAAUGAAUAUCAAGAUUUCCAAAUUGUCUAAAGCUUCGCAUAAAGAAUAGACCAAACCUGGAAUCAUGAUCCAUUUGAAACAUGCAGGUGAGUCUAUUUCUGGAUGAGCUCUUCCUUCAACAUUCAUGCCACAUUUAGUCAUUGCAGGUUUGAGAGCAGGGAUUGUGGGAGUUUUUCAAGAUGGCAGAAUGGUCAGUAAUAUGCACGUUUAUUAUUGACAAAGCCAUCUCUGCAUGCGGAAGCGAGGGUUUGCAGAGGCGACUCUGACUUUCACUUUAUCCUUGUGUCUUGUUUGAUAAUUUGGUUUAUUUCCUGCAUAGACCUGAAUGCCUACACACUUCAAGACUGAAUUCAGUUGUGUCCUUGAGGAUAAGGUUUCCCCUCUGCAGACUUGUGCUGUAGGAAGGUCUGAGCCAGGAGCUCAGGUGCUCUUUGAUUUAUGACUUAUCCAGUGUAGCAUGUUUGACUGGUAAGGUUUUUCUAUACCGAUCAUUCAUUUUUAAAGUUUGGCUUUGGUGGUUUUCGGAUUCCAGGAGUGUUGCUGUAUAAUAUAAACUCCUGUUGGGAUUUAUAUAACAUUUCAGUCAUAAUUUUACACUUAAAAAGAAAAGAUACAAGGCUGCAUUAGUAUUUAAAGGAGUAGUUGACCCAGAAAUGAAAAUUAUGUGAUGCACUCACCCUCUAACUCUCAUUUAUGCUGUAAGUUGAGCUCAAAAAAGACAAAACAUCACCAUAAAACCAGCAUAACGUUACUCUAUAUGUAUAUUUUUCACUUUCUCUAUAUGACCAGAGCAUUUUAUGUUAGAUUUUGGGAAACUUUUUGUAUGAGAAAUUGACUGAAAUAUGUAAGGAAUUAUUCAGUAGAAUCACAGUGUUGAAUAUGCAGUACAGUUUUGUUCAAAGUUUUGCGCUGUGGAUCAAAAAAAAAAAAGGAACAAUUGUGAAAUAUUAUUACAAUUUAAAAUAACUGAUAUAUAUUUUCAUAUAUCUUAAAAUGUAAUCUAUUCCUGUGAUGUCAAAGCUGAAUUAUCAGCACCAUUCCUCCAGUCUUCAGUGCCAUGCAAUCCUUCAGAUCCUAAUAUGCUCAUUUGGUGCUCAAAAAAAAAAAAAAUGGAAUUAUCAAUGUGGACAACAUGCAGUUUAACAUUUCAUUGAAAUAUAAAUCUUUUUUUAACAAUGCAAAUGUCUUUAAUGUCACUUUUGAGCAAUUCAGUGCAUACUUAAUGAAUGAAUGUAUUCAUUUUUUAUUAAUAUUAUUUACUGACCCCAAACUUUUGACAUCUGAGAGCUGCAGCAGAAGGAAAGAUUUACAAUCAAUAAAGUCUUGAAUAUCGAAUAUUGACUACUAUAAAUGUUAUUUAGUAGGUCAGUGGUCUUUAUUGGGGGGUACAGCUGCAUUAAGAUUGUUUAAAAGCAUGGCGCCGAUAGCCUCGUGGGCAGCGCGUCCCGAGUUCAAAUCCCAGCUCAAGGACCUUUCCCAAUCCCACUUCACUUCCUGUCAGAUCUAAACGGUCCUAUCAUAAUAAAGGCAACAACGCCAAAAAUAAAUCUUACAAAAAAAAAAAAAGAAAGAUUGCAUACUGACUUGGAAUGGUGAUUUUAGAAAGGUCAACUAUUUCUUUAAAUCUUCAAAUAAUUCAAAGUACUGAUAGUCACAGAGCCUGAGACUUCCAUGAAACCAGACCUCCGUCAUUCCCCUCGAUGGCAUCAGGUUUCUCCAGCAGGUUUCUUUUUGAUUUUAAACCUUUCAAAUAAACCAGCAGUAUGCGUGUUUCUCCUUUCAUUGGUUCGAGUGUGUUCGUUUGUGCAACUGCUGCUGAGCCCAGUUGGCAUUCUGCAGAGACAUCAUGGCAACAAGACUGAGAGAUUGCUGUGGAAUCUUCACCAAAGAUGUCAAUUUCUUUUCCCUUUGAAGCAUUUAAACCAACGGAGACUAUUUUUUAAAAGACACGAAGGUUAUUGGUGCAAAGAUUGUUCAGCAUUUUACAGUUCUGCCUUGUCUGAAUUUUGUUCGUUCACUCUAAUGUAUUUUUGUUUUUUUAUGUGCACGUUCGAGUUGGGUCAGUCAGGACUGGCUUUGGGACGCGCUCUUCAUUAUUCUCAGUAUUCUGGUACACGGUGGAUGCACUGCUGUAAAUAUAUUGUGACCCUCUCUGAUGCUGUUACAGUAGACUCCUUGCAUAUGUAUUACUAAUUUUCAUUUUCCACUCAAAAAGCAACAUGCAUUUUGGUUUUAGGGACUUUAAAUGCAAGAACGGCCGUGUCCUUGCAGAGUGCUGUAAUGUAUUUCUGACAGACCUGUAUGAGCGUAUGGGGAUCUGCAGUACUGUAAUGAUUAAUGACUGUAGACUUUGACUGCUUUUGCUCUAAUGGAAACGAUUACAGACUGAAAUUAAUGAGCACAGUCGGUUCUACAUAAAUGUGGCUCAGCAAAAAGUAGCUCUUUUUGCUGGUGACACUUUUCAAGGACGGGAGACUUUGGAGAUUUUUCUUUUGCAUCAUCCUAAUUUCGUCUUCACCUUCUCUUCGGCUUUCAUCUUCUGUCACGGGGGAUUUUUAUGGCGUGAGACGCCAGCUGAUGAUGUCACGAUUUUUUCCUGUUUAUGAUUUCUACUUUUUGGGAAUCUGAGCCGUGUCUUAGCGAGGAGUCCUCCUGGUCCUGGUCAGCCCGUUUCUAACCGUCUUGUGAUUUGGUGCCUGUACAGUGGAGUCCGGCGGUGGUCCAGCUCGGUCUCAACUCGAUCUCGGUCCACCCCGUCUUUUGCCUGUCCUUCGUAAUAUCCACAUGGGUCACCUGCAUGAGCUACUUCACCGAAGCUGCACCCAGCAUGACGACAUAAGGACUUGUAUGUAGAAAAAGGAACAAAAAAUAGAUCUAUAUAUACAUAAGUCAAAAGAAAAAAAAAUUAAAAGAGCGAGAAAGGAAUAAAAAAGAUCUUAGUUUA